AUGUUGGAGCUGAAUUCUAGUGUCAAUGAUUACCUCGAGCGUCUUCCCGAGGCUGUACUCACACGACUGUUUCAAUCCCCCGCAACAUGUUUAGCUAUCUUCAGAUUACUGCCUAAGCUGGCAAAAACAAUAGUUUUGUCCAUGCUGUAUCGAGAUGAACCUCUCCCAGUGGAAUUUGUAGAUACAUUAGUAAACAAUCAAAGCCAGAGAAUACAAGGCGAGGCACUAAAAAAAUUAAAAGGUCUUCAUGUGGUGAAGGAACGACAUCAAAUGCUCACCCUAAAUCCAACACUAAGACAAAAUUUUAAAAACGCAUUGACAGGAAGUAAUGGAACAAGUUCAUUUGGGGUACCAUGUGAAACUGAAGAUCGACACAAGGUUGAUAUUGCGUUCUUGGACCAACGAGCGCAGCAAAAAUGGGAAGCCAUCCUUCAUUAUAUGGUCGGGACAGACACAUCAGGUUUGCCAGAAGGUGUUUUACUGCUGCUAAAACACAGUGGACUUAUGGAUGGUACUGAGCUUGAAAAUAUGAAAAUUACUAAUGUCGGAUUUCAAUUUCUUCUGCAAGAUAUAAAUGCACAAAUUUGGACUCUUCUUCUUCAGUAUCUCAGUAUGUCAGACAAACUACAUAUGGAUCACGUCGAUGUUCUGAACUUUAUAUUUAUGCUGGGUUCAUUAGAACUUGGAAGAGAUUAUUCAUCGGCUAGCUUGAGUGCUACACAAACACAGAUGCUGGAGGAUCUGCGAGAAUAUGGUAUUGUUUAUCAACGCAAGUCAUCAUCUCGACGGUUUUACCCUACUAGGCUGGCUACAACAUUGACAUCGGACGCUUCAGCCAUUCGAUCGGCUUCCAAAUCUAUGGAGGUUGCUAUUUCUGCUGCUUCAGGAGAAUCAAGAUCAUCAGUAACUUCUGCCUCGUCAAGUAGUACAUCUCGACCAGGAACUGCUGACACAGAUAGUUCGUUGACAACUUUUAGCUCCGUUUCAUCUGGUUUUAUCAUUAUUGAAACUAACUUUAGACUUUAUGCAUACACCAAUUCUCCACUGCAAAUUGCCGUUUUAAAUUUAUUUGUGCAUCUAAAAAGUCGUUUUGCCAAUAUGGUUGCAGGCAACAUUACGCGUGAAAGUGUGCGUUCAGCAUUCAUGAACGGUAUUAAGGCUGAUCAAAUUAUUCAGUACUUGACGGUUCACGCACACCCGCAAAUGGCAAAAAACGAGCCAGUUCUUCCUCCUACUAUUGUUGAUCAAAUCAAACUCUGGCAGAUUGAAAUGGAUCGCAUCAGAGCUACAGAAGGAUACCUUUUUACAAACUUUUCAGACUUCAACGAGUACAAUACUAUUGUUAAUUACGCUAACCAGCUCGGUGUCGUGGUUUGGCAGAAUGCAAAAAUGUCAAAGUUCUUUGUCACAAAAGAAGGAAAUUCUCAAGUUAUUGAGUUUGUAAAUAGAAGAAUGCAACAGCAACGAAACAUACCACCAUCUACUUCAUAG